CUGUCACUUUGCUGCCGGGCGUGGGGCCACACCGGUGUCCGGGACUGAGGCGCGACCGACCCGGGUCGGUUUUCCAGAGGCUUGGAGACCCAAGGCGAGGGCUGCGAGGAAGGCGCGAGCGGAGGGCCGCAACGCGCACGCCGUGAUCGUGGGCGACGGUCGCGUCCCCCGAGCCUGGGUUUCUCCGGGUGUAGCCUGGGACGCCCCGCAAGGCUGUGGGGCGGUGCCCAGAGUCACGUGUUCUCCGACCCCCGGGCGGCAGGGGCGGCGGCGUCCUGGGCGUCUGUGCCCUCGAACGACGGGAAGACUGAGGCCUGGAGCCGGGACGUCGCGUUGUGGGUCGCUUUCUGCGCGUCCUCAAGCAAGGGUUCUGAUGGCGACCGCGGCGCUGACAGAGCCCGCACAGAGCCUGAUGGCCUUUGAGGAUGUGGCCGUGUACUUCUCCCAGGAGGAAUGGGAGCUCCUGGAUGCAGCCCAGAGGGCCUUGUACUGCCACGUGAUGCUAGAGAACUUCGCACUUGUGGCUUCACUGGGGCUCUCUGCGUCACGACCCCGGGUAGUCAUGCAGCUUGAGCGUGGCGAGGAGCCCUGGGUUCUCAGUGGGACAGUUGUGAUGCCAGCCAGGAAUGCUCAGAGGAAGGCCAGCCCUGGUUCCCGUCAUCUGGCAUACGACAGGGUGGUUCCUGGAGAAGCAGCGCUGCCAGGGGCCCUCCAUGAUGGCUCCCGUCCAGCGCCUACAAGGGUCCUUCCCUUCACUGGCAUGUGUGAUCGUGGGAAAAGCCUGGAGGACUGGCAGGGCAUCUCCCCUUCUCAGGAGAAAAAACCCACAGGGGUGUCUGUAAUCUAUUGGGAACGGCUCCUGCUGGGUCCUGGCAGUGGGGAGGCCAGUGUCAGCCUCAGGCUGACCUCUCCACUGAGGAUGGCUGAGGACAGCUCACCCAGGGAGAAGGCCCUUAUGAACCGCCCCGUGCCAGGCAAGCAGCUGAGGGCAUGUGGGGGUCAGAAGCCAUAUGGGCGGGAGGCCCCUGGGAGAGCCUUCCCCAAAAUUCCAGAAUUUGAGGCUGGUCUCACCUCUGGGCAAGGUGGUAAGGGUACAGCUAGCCGCAAGCCUCAUGGACUCCCUGCUGGCCAGGAGCCCCCGACCUGGCAUCAGCUGGGAAAGGCCCUCCACACAGGCACUGGCCUCCUUUCAGGGGAGAAGCCCUUUGAAUGCAGGGCAUGCAACAAAGUGUUCGUGAAGAGCUCCGACCUGCUCAAGCACCUGCGCACCCACACUGGGGAGCGGCCAUAUGAAUGUGCUCAGUGUGGCAAGGCCUUUAGCCAGACAUCACACCUGACGCAGCACCAGCGCAUCCACAGUGGUGAGACACCCUAUGCAUGCCCAGCCUGUGGUAAGGCCUUCAGGCAUAGCUCCUCCCUGGUGAGACACCAGCGCAUACACACAGCUGAGAAGUCUUUCCGCUGCAGCGAGUGUGGCAAGGCCUUCAGCCAUGGGUCCAACCUCAGCCAGCACCGCAAAAUCCACGCAGGUGGGCGGCCCUACGCGUGUGCCCAGUGUGGCCGCCGCUUCUGCCGCAACUCACACCUGAUCCAGCAUGAGCGCAUGCACACGGGUGAGAAGCCUUAUACCUGUGCUCUUUGCGGUGCUGCCUUCAGCCAGGGUUCCUCGCUGUCUAAUCACCAGCGUGUGCACACAGGCGAAAAGCCCUUUGCCUGUGCAGAAUGUGGCCGUGCCUUCAGUCACAGCUCUAACCUCACGCAGCAUCAGCUUCUGCACACGGGUGAGCGGCCCUUCCGCUGUGGGGACUGCGGGAAGGCUUUUGCCAAGGGCGCAGUGUUGCUCAGCCACCGACGCAUCCACACGGGUGAGAAGCCCUUUGUAUGCACACAUUGCGGCCGUGCCUUCCGAGAGCGCCCAGCCCUCUUCCACCACCAGAGGAUCCACACAGGAGAGAAACCUGUGCGGAAACCGCGGCGUGGGACUGGCCUGUGCCCCCAGGCCAGGCCUUCUUUGGGAGCAUCAUCAGAGGGUUCACUGGGGAGGGAAGCUGGGCCCACUCCCACUUCAGGUCCAGCCACAGUUUCAAAGCCUGCUGAAGCCUGAGUUCACAGCUGGUUGCUAAACACCUGUGUCUCCCACACAUCCACAUUUUGGAGAAGACAUGGCCGUGUACCGUGGUUCCAUCUGCACAUGGUGAUGAUGUUUGCCAUUUCAGCCACAGGUCAUCCCAACGGUCAGGCUGCAGAAAUAUCAGGGGGCUGUGUGGAUGCUGGGACUUUGGUAGGGCAAAGACCUGGCAGAGUGCUGUUUCAUGCCUAUUAUGACGUGGGUACUCAGGUGAGGAGGAGGAGGGCUGGAGUGCUGGGGAGGCGGUCCUAGAAGAUUCCCACGUCUGUACACCAGUGACUGCCAGGCUGACCCUCAGGAUGUUCCUUCAAGACCUCACUUCAUCCAAGGCCUCCUGUGAGCAGACCCAGGGGGUAGGAGGUCAUGUGCUGUCUGGUGUUGGCCUUGGGCUCUAAGUCUCAGCUUCCACCUCCGGAAAAGAAUGGGAGGGAAGGAGGGAGGGAGGGAGAGAGAGAUUCAGGCCUACCGAGGGUAUCUGCAGGACCCUGAUAGGCAGGAUCUUGAUAAGGGCCAACAUGUGCCCAUUGCCACCCCUGUGAGGUGGCUGCUGUGGUUGGUACCCCAUUUCUCAGAUGAGGAAACUGCGGCAGAGAGAGGGGAUGUGAGUUGCACACAGCAGAGCCAGGACAUGGCUCCUGGCCAUAGGCUCAGCAUCCCGAGCUCAGCACUCUGCCCCCGUGCUCUGGCACCCAUGCUCUAGUCUGCCAGUGUGAGAGCUGGGUGAUUCCAGGCCUGGCUACCUGCACCUAGAACUCCCACAGACGGUGGAGCAAGUAGAGGUAGAGGGCCCUGGGUUGGGGAGAGGGAGACCAACAUCAAGAAUGAUGGCUCUUCAGCCAUGCUCUUCCAUUCAGUUUCUCAUCCAAGCCUCAGGAUUGGCCACAUCCUCUUGUUACCAAAGGCUCCCUUACAGGAGCCUUUAUAUCCCCACUGCCCUGAGAAGAGAUGAUCAUAACAGGUUUGGAAGAGACCAGAUGGGACUACUUGUUUCUGCAGAGUCUGGUCGACAGGUGUCCACCUGUUCUCUUGCCUCAUGUGGAAAGGGGAUUUGCCGUUCCCUAAGGCCAUGUGUGUGCACCUUCCCAUCGUGGGACACCUCCACAUGGCUGGUACACUGAGUCAGAUGGGUGGGGUGGGGCCCAGGUUUCUCUCUGUGGCUCUCAGCGGACCAGCGUCCAUCGUGACCUGAGGCUUUACUCCCAGGGAUGUUAGUGGACUCUUGGGAACAAAAAAGAAAAGACCCAAAAGUAGAAGUUGGAAUGGACGUAUAUUGUUGAAAUCCUUGCACAACACUAUGGAAGUGCACAGCCUGGCCUCCCCUCCCAACCUCCAGAUUAUGGUUCUGGAGUGUUUAACGACACAUUCUUCACAGAGCUGUGAAGUUUUGCUUCAACCAGGUCCUUUUGAGAGUCUAAAGGUUAGAUACACAGCUUGCCUGUUCCCCAAAUAAGGGUCUGGGACAUUUAUGUCUUCAUGACAGCCAAAGGUUCAUGGGAGUCUGCGAAGAGACUUGGGCUAUGUUAGACAUCAUGAAGCUGCCCAAGUCUCAGGUUUUUUUUUUUUGUUCCAAGUCUCCGUUCUACUAUAAGAUGAGUCUUUGUAGAUCCAGGCUCGGGAGCCUGAGAUAAGGGGGUAUCCUAGUCCCAUCACCUCCAAGGUUCGCAGCCACCUGUCACACAAAAUGAACACAGAAAAUGAUGUGCCCCGCCCCCCCCCGCAUCCACCUGCCAGCACGUUCAGACUUCUCUUCCAUCUCUGGAACCUCGUAAGUCCUAUAAUGAGGGGAGAUGUGGCAGCAGUGAGAGAUGUCUUGCAGGGAACUGGGUCCCCAAGAUCGUUGGAGUAUAGUUCCACUGAACCAGAACUUCUGGUAUGGUGCAGGACCUUGAACCACUGUCCACCCCUCCUGGACUCCUCUGCUCUGACCUUGUUCCUAUUCCAUUUCCCCCAGAUUUACUUUCAGGAGGAUGACUUGAGUAGGCCACAGCCUCACUCCACACUCUGUUCAGAGACCUCUGGGGAAUCCAUGGGAUUUGGGAUGAAAGGCAUCUGUCAAACACCAAGUGGGUACUCAGCAAAUUAUAUUCAACCUUUUCUGCAUCUUCAACUGAAGCUCCUGGAGUCCAGUUUCCAACCUGAGCCCUCCUGACCCUUCGACCCUCCCAUCUCCCUAUGUGUGAGGCAUCCUGCUAUCUCUCACUUCCUCCAUCUGAAACCACUGCUCCCAAUAUCCAGGACUUCAGUGGCUCUCACCUUGAUCAGCAACUAUUAUAGUCACCUGCCUUCAUC